AUGCGACGCUCCCUCACCCUGGCCCCAGCUGCCCAGACCCUCCACAUCUACCGCGACCUCCUCCGCCAGGCAUCCUACCUGCCCCCCAUCUGUCAGCCAUAUGUCCGACAACAGAUCGUCUCCCGCUUCCGCAGGCACGCCGCCGAUGAGCCCGCCUCCCCACAGACAAGACGCCGUGUCCGCCAAGCCCGACAUCACGCCCGCUUCCUGUUCGGCGCCAACAGCGGCCUUGUUGACAACCUGCACCGCAUCCUGCUCCUCGUCUUCGGCAGGACUGGCUGCAGGAGGAGGCUGCUUGUCCACGCCCUGCUGCGACGCGAUCCGCCUGCUGAUUCCGCCCAACUAGAAGCCGCCAUCGUGCAGGAUGCACACGCCAGGACAUACAUCGCAAAGGACGGCUCUCUCGCCCAGCGGCCCGCGGACUGGCUGGACAAAUGGGACACUCAAAAGCUGCGCGCCCUCGCCUCCUCCCAGGCCCAGCGCGGUCCUGCCCAUAGCCCUAGGCCCGACAUCAAGACAAGCCAGACCAACCCGGCUGCCAGGCUGCCCCACUCAAACAUCUGGGAGAGGCCACUGCCUGCCACCCUGGCCCGGAGCAAGCUGCGCAAGGAGUACGUGCGCCUCAUCAACCGUGUCCUGCCCCCCCUGCCCGCCACUGAUUGGCAUACCCUGCGUGCCCUGGCUCUGGGCCACGCCGACAGCAUCGCGCUCUGCCACAUGCCAGCAAGGCGCCUGCCAGCCACACCACUGCACGAUGACCACGCCGCAAGCACGCACGCCGCAGGCACACGGUGGCAUUGGCACGCCUACGCCACCGAGCCCGUGCGGUCUGUCGACCGGCCUAGCUCCAGAGCACAUCGUGGUCGCACUGGUCACCAGGCGCCAGGCCCGCAUGGGCAGGGCGCCGCCAUCGGCCUCCACAGGUACACACCUAGGCUCCUGAGGCGGCUGUUCGCCAAGAUAUGGGAGAUGACCCCAACCAUGGAGGCGAGGCUCGGCGUCGAGGGCAAGUGGGACAUCGUCUGGGGCAAGGUGGCCAAGGAUGUCCCUGUCGCGGCAGCAACACAUGCCGUUUUCUUUGAAGGGGCCCCCGAUACUAUCAGGACGGGGAAGAAAAGGGCCAGGCGUCUCUAG